AACCACCACCUAAAUAGCAAGCGCAGCCAAAAUUGACCACAUAGCAAAGUACCCCCAUGCGGAAUCACAGUUUGCACUCACACCAGGCGGCUUUCAUCCUCGUAGUUCAACUGGCACACCCUUUAAAGAUAGGCCUGAGGCUGCAAAUUAAAGCAUUUACACAACCACACGAUGCUGAAUUUUCUUAAUUUUUCUCUUCUAUUGACGCUGUUGUUUCUUCUGUGGAAGCCUGCGAUAAGCAAAAACGGGUGCACGGAUAAGUGUGGACGCGUUCGCAUUCAAUUUCCAUUCUACCUCAGAAAUAAUAGCAAAUUGAAUCACACCACCACCGCCUAUUCUUCUGGGUUCGAUCUGCUAUGUACGGAUGCAGAUGAGACUGUGCUGGAGCUGCCUUCUGUUCCAAUAAAACUGUUUGUCAAAAGCAUAGAUUACAAGUUGCAGCAAAUCCAAAUCUACGACCCUCAAAAUUGCCUUCCCAGGGAACUCAUAAAACUCGGCAAUUCCUCUGUUGCUCCAUUUAAAUUCCAAUCAUUUGGUGGGAAUAAUGUUUCCUUCUUCCGCUGCAACUCAAUGUCAUCAUCAUGCCCAAUUUUGCAACUUGGAUAUGAAGGUGACUUUAUUGAUCCUGAAAUAAUAUCUUGCACCAAGGUGAGUGAUGUUUUCUCCGUCCAGUGGCAAGUGAAUAAUUACUUGGGGAACGCGGUGGUUAUGGAAUGGUCCAAGCCUGACUGCAGUACCUGUGAAGCACAAGGGCAUAAAUGUAAAUACAAGAAUGGUACUCAAGGUGAAACUGAAUGUUUCAUUUGCCCAACAAACAGGAUUUCAACAUCAAGUGUUGUUCUUAUUGCUGCAGGGGGAAUAGUUGGAAUGAUUCUUUUGCUGGUGGUGGUCAAGGCGUUGUUGCAUUUGUAUGACCAUUAUAUGACGAAAGGAGAAGACCGGGCUCGAAUGGAGAAAUUCUUGGAGGAUUAUAGGGCAAUGAAGCCUACUAGAUUCACUUAUGCUGAUAUUAAGAGAAUCACAAAUGGGUUUAGGGAAAGUUUAGGGGAAGGAGCUCAUGGAGCAGUCUUCAAAGGAAUGCUCUCCCGAGAAAUUCUCGUUGCCGUGAAGAUACUCAAUGACACAGUGGGAGAUGGAAAGGAUUUCAUAAACGAAGUGGGAACCAUGGGCAAAAUUCAUCAUGUUAACGUUGUUCGCUUGCUUGGAUUCUGUGCAGAUGGAUUCCACCGCGCUCUCGUCUAUGAUUUCUUCCCUAACGGAUCACUGCAGAGAUUCUUGGCUCCACCGGACAACAAGGAUGUUUUCCUUGGUUGGGAGAAGUUGCAACAAAUUGCUCUUGGUGUUGCCAAAGGGGUUGAGUAUCUCCACCUUGGCUGUGAUCAAAGAAUACUUCACUUUGACAUCAAUCCUCACAAUAUUUUAAUAGAUGACCAUUUUGUUCCAAAAAUCACUGAUUUUGGACUUGCCAAGUUGUGUCCCAAAAAUCAAAGUACAGUUUCUAUAACUGCUGCUAGGGGAACCUUAGGCUACAUUGCUCCUGAAGUUUUCUCAAGAAACUUUGGUAAUGUUUCUUAUAAGUCUGACAUUUAUAGUUAUGGAAUGUUGCUCUUAGAGAUGGUGGGAGGAAGAAAGAAUACAAAUAUGUCAGCAGAGGAAAGUUUCCAAGUUUUGUACCCUGAAUGGAUCCAUAAUUUGCUCAAAAGCAGAGACGUGCAAGUUACUAUUGAGGAUGAGGGAGAUGUUAGAAUUGCCAAGAAACUUGCCAUUGUAGGACUUUGGUGCAUUGAGUGGAACCCAAUAGACCGUCCAUCCAUGAAAACUGUGAUACAAAUGCUUGAAGGAGAUGGAGACAAGUUAAUUGCACCACCUACUCCUUUUGACAAGACCAGCUCUUCUAGAACAAGUGUAGUUGCUCCAACAAGACGCCAGAAUUUUGAGUUGGAAAUUAUUAAUGAAAUAGAAGAAUAAAUAAAGUCUCGUUUAGGUUUUCAUCAAAUGUAAUCUGUACUUUAUAGAAAUUGUAACACAUAAGUCUAUUACCCUUAUCUUGUUAUUAAUUUGCUUGCUUAUUGUUUUACAUUUUGCUUCAACGAUUAUACUUAUGGAAUUUUAGCUUUGAGUACUUGUCCGAAUAGGACAUGCUCUAAUGGUGCGAUGCUUUUUAUUU